UCGAAUCCAGAGCCCUUCGAUCCUUCUUUCCCCAAAUUACUGGAUUUGAUCUCAUCAAACCACUUUUCCAGAUUCUAUCUUUAUCGUCUCAGCUCGUUAAGUUGAUCGUCGUAGAUUGGGAUCGGGACCCGUAGAUGUCUUCUUCGUCGGGGCAGCAGCAGUUCCGGUACACGCAGACGCCGUCGAAGGUGCUUCACAUCAGAAACCUACCAUGGGAAUGCACGGAGGAGGAGCUGAUCGAACUCUGCAAGCCGUUCGGAAAAAUCGUCAACACAAAAUGUAACGUGGGGGCCAACCGCAACCAGUCUUUUGUCGAAUUUGUGGACCUUAAUCAGGCUAUCUCUAUGAUUUCAUAUUAUGCCUCUUCAUCUGAACCUGCACAAGUUCGUGGCAAAACAGUUUACCUCCAAUAUUCGAACAGGCAAGAAAUUGUGAACAAUAAGUCCACUGGAGAGGUUGCUGGAAAUGUUUUGCUUGUAACCAUAGAGGGAGUUGAAGCUGGUGAUGUCAGUAUAGACGUUAUUCAUUUGGUCUUUUCUGCUUUUGGUUUUGUCCACAAAAUUGCCACGUUUGAGAAGGCAGCUGGUUUUCAGGCUUUGAUCCAGUACACUGAUGCAGCAACUGCUUCAGAAGCUAGAAAUUCAUUGGAUGGAAGAAGCAUCCCAAAGUACCUGCUUCCAGAGCAUAUUACAUCUUGCCACCUUCGAAUUACUUUUUCAGCUCAUACAGAUUUGAAUAUCAAGUUUCAGUCUCACCGCAGCAGAGAUUACACUAAUCCUUACCUUCCUGUCAAUCCUUCGGCGAUCGAUGGUACUUUACAGCCUACAAUUGGUCCUGAUGGAAAAAUAAAGGAACAUGAGAGCAAUGUGCUACUUGCGUCCAUAGAGAAUAUGCAAUAUGCUGUCACAGUUGAUGUUCUUCACACAGUGUUCUCAGCAUUUGGAACUGUACAUAAAAUUGCAAUAUUUGAGAAGAAUGGUGGAACUCAGGCUUUAAUCCAGUACCCAGACAUGACGACUGCAGCAGUUGCCAAAGAGGCUCUCGAGGGGCAUUGCAUUUAUGAUGGCGGCUAUUGUAAGCUUCAUCUGUCAUACUCUCGUCACACCGACCUCAAUGUAAAGGCCUACAGUGACAAGAGCAGAGAUUACACAAUCACCGACACCGGAAUCCUUACGACUCAAGCUUCCUCUGUACCGACUGCGCCCAGUAGUUGGCAAACGAACCCUCAAGUAGCAGGGACUUUUGUUAGCAGUGCCGGCAUGCAAGCAUCAGUUCCAGUGGGCCAGCCUUUUGUUCCUCUUGGUGCCCCAUAUCUGACCUCAUCUGUUCGCCCGGCAGCUUCAGUUAGUUAUCUUCAGGCUUCACAGCAGGUGGCUCAAUAUGGAAUGCACCCAAGUCCUGCUGGCGCUGCACCAAACGUCGGACAGCCGCCUAGAUAUUUCUAAUCAUUCAUUCGUUAUCUGAUGCUCUUUCGUCGCCGACCUGCACCAGUUAAAUGAUCGAUCAUGAAUUAGCGUAUGCCCAUGUUGUAGAAGAGCUCCUGCGACUUGUCUUUUACUUGCUUUGUACUGAUGCAAGCGACUUCAGCGUUUUCAGUGUUUCGAGUGCGCUAUAAAACACAACUUUUUUAGUGUUUCUAUACACUAAGCACUAGGUAGUUCUUAAUUGAAGUGAAUCAACAGCUCACAUUUUCGUUGGAAGUCAAUGAAAUUUUUGGUGUUCUUGAUUGUUUUUA